GAAAGGGAAGACGUGCAACUGGAGCAGAAAACUUUAUAAUUGUACCUUUUGUGAAUUAAUAGAUAGAGGAGAGAAGAAGUGCGUUGCAUUGAUGUGACCAAUUGCUGAAGACCAGCUUGCAAUUUGUAUUUUCAAGGGUUUACUACCUAAACACAAUGGCCACCCCAGGAUUCCAGGUGUACCAAGACAAAGAAAAUGUUUCAUCAGUUGGUAACCUACCAAAAGCCCGAAAUAGACAUGGCAUUGCACCAGUGGCCAAGAUAUUUGGAGCAAGCAAUGGAAGGAAUGAUUUGCGUACACCAGUCAGAAGGGCUCUUGGAAGUGUGAACAGAGAGCCACAUGUUGCAACCCCUACCUUUCUACCUACUCUCAAAAAUGACUUGGGUGGGGAAUUCCGUAAGCCUGGUUUGAAGAGUUUUGGUCCAACACCCAUCAAGAGGCAGCCAUUAGCCUCCAAACCAGCAGAAAUAUCACAUCAGAAUGAACAGUUGGUGAAGAAUCCUAAAAUUAAGAACUCCUGUGUAGAAGUAUGUAAGCCUAAGCCCAAACAGAAGUUGUUAAUACGAGAGGAUGUCAACCAGAAAUCAAAGCAGAAGAAAACAGAGGAUGAUAUUGAGACAAUGUUUAUAACCAAAAAAGGAGAAGAUGACUUUGAGGAUAUCUGGCCUAAGGAAGAUCGCCCAAGCUCUUACCUGGAUGCCCUAAUUAACUGGAGGCCACCAUGUUUUGGUGACUGGGAAAGUGAGGAACAGAAAGAUGAUGAAGAGAGGAGAGUUUCAAUACUUCAGGACAUGAAGGCCGUCAAUGAUUUAGUCUUCAGUCUAAACCCAGACACAGAUGAUGCAGAAUUUGAAGUACCUCCGCUAGAGUUUCCUUCAGACAUCGACAACAUUUCUUUCUCGGAUAUAGCGGAACAUAUUGGUUCCCUUGUGCUGAAAGAGGACUGAAUCAAUUCUCUUGAAGUUACAUUAUGGACAACUUGACAAACGCAACAAGUGUGAUUCCUUUCCUGUUCCAAGCCAAAACAAUUUCUUCUGGCACAGGAAAAAUAUGUAUUUUAAAUAUCACAUCAGCGGAACCGUGACCUGGCUGGUGAAACAUACUAAUGUCCGUAUUGGUAUGAAUCCUUUUGAAAUGACCUGUGACAGGACACUCUUCAUUUUCAAAGGUAUAAUAAAGUGAAUGCCACUGUAAGACCAGUGUUCUGCUGGAAACUGUUUGCAGGACAUAUUAAUUCACAGCAGAAAGCCUUCAGCUGUACAUAGUGUAAAGUCUAUGCAACAUUGCUCACACUGGUUGUGAAGUCACUUCUGGUAUUCAUAUGGAGUUUUAUAGUUUUAC